UCCUAAUCUCAUCUUUCUCCUCAGUUCUGCAGUUCUCCCAGAGGAGCAGAGAAACAUGGCCGUGGUGGAUGUCAACACCGUGUUCAAGGAGCUGGUGGUGUUCGGGGACGUGGCUGUGGACUUCAGUAGGGAAGAGUGGGAGUGCCUGGGCCCCGAGCAGCGGUCCCUGUACCGCGACGUGACGCUGGAGAACUACAGGAGCCUCGCGUCCCUGGGACUUGCCAUUUCUAAGCCAUCAGUGAUUUCACUGCUGGAACAAGGCAAAGAACCCUGGAUAGCAGAGCAAGCAGGAUGGUACCCAGAUUUGCUGUCUGUGAGUGAAACUAAGACUUUCUCUCUAGAGAGCGACGUCUUCGGGAAGGGAUCAUUAAAGUGGAAAAUCAUAGGAAGAGUCGGCGAUUCCUGCCUUGGGGGAUCUUGUUUCGGAAACGACUGGACAUGCAGGGGCCUCGCUGAGCCACAGCGGGAGGCCGCGGAGGGGCGCGCGGUGGGCGUGGCCGGCGCGGUGGGCGUGGCGGGGGUGACAGCCGCGCCGGGAACCGUGCCCGCCACCGACUCUGCUCGGCCUCCGCCCCCUGCCCCCAGGGAAGCGGCGCAGGCGGAACCGGGAGAUGGCAGCGGCGACACCCCACCGGUACGGCUCCCCGCCAGCGACAAACUUAACGAAAUGUACGAGACCGCCCUCGUGUACUACACGGAGCGGGCGAAGCGGCCGCCGGCGGCGCCGGAGUUCGCCGGGGAGAAGGAGUGCGGCCGCGGCUUCCCGUACGACUUCCAGCCCGCCCCGUACCAGAUCAACAGGAAGCCCUACCAGUGCGAGAUCUGCGGCAAGAUCUUCGAGAAGCACGCGUACCUCGUGCAGCACAACCGCUUCCACACCGGGGAGAAGCCGUGCGAGUGCAAGGAGUGCGGCAAGGCCUUCACCAACUGCUCGCUGCUGGUGCAGCACCAGCGCGUGCACACGGACGAGAAGCCGUACGAGUGCCGGCACUGUGGCAAGGCCUUCCUCUACUUCUCCACCUUCUUCCAGCACCAGCGCACGCACACGGACGAGAAGCCCUACGAGUGCCACAAGUGCCAGAAGGCCUUCAACAAGAGCGCCAACCUCACGCGCCACCAGCGCAUCCACAGCGGCGAGAAGCCGUACGCGUGCGCGCUGUGCGGCAAGACCUUCACCUGGGCCUCCAACCUCAACGACCACCAGAAGAUCCACACGGGCGAGAAGCCGUACGAGUGCAACUACUGCGAGAAGGCCUUCCUCUGCCACUCGGCCUUCAUGAAGCACUACAGGACGCACACGAACGAGAAGCCGUACGAGUGCCGCGAGUGCCCGAAGGCCUUCCGCCAGAAGGCGCACCUCAUCCAGCACCAGCGCGUGCACACCGGCGAGAAGCCCUACGAGUGCAAGGAGUGCGGCAAGGCCUUCGCCUGCCCGUCCUACUUCAACCGGCACCAGCGCAUCCACACCGGCGAGAGGCCCUACGAGUGCAAGGAGUGCGGCAAGGCCUUCAUCGACUGCAAGACCCUGAUCCUGCACCAGCGCAUCCACACCGGCGAGAAGCCCUUCCAGUGCCCGCAGUGCAGCAAGGCCUUCCGGCAGCGCUCGCACCUGACGCAGCACCAGCGCAUCCACACCGGCGAGAAGCCCUACGAGUGCAAGGAGUGCGGGCAGGCCUUCACGCGCCUCCUGCAGGCCAAGAAGCACCAGCGGGUCCACGCCGCGGGAGAGAUCCUGUGCGUCGGGUAA